AUGCCCCAAUUCAAAUCAGUCGUUUGCGCAUGUCACAUAAACUUGCUAGAGAUUGUACUGCAUGUACUGAUUAGUGAAUGUGGCCGAAGACUAAAAAGAACAAAUCUUUGUUUGUUAGUUGCCGACCCGGAUCAUCUGGAUAAACAAGAUUUGCAAUAUAAAUCGAGCAGUCCGGAUUGGGUCGAUAAACGACAAAUAAAUACCGACGUUGGUUUGUUUGCUGGACUUACUCCACUUCCCCUGGCGCAAACAGAUGCUUCGUAUACCCAGUCUAACGCCGUGAUAAAGAUAUCGUCACUCUCAUAUUGCAUACAUACAUUCAUAGCUUCAAACCGGAUACAGCCUAUAAGUGAUCCGCUGUUCUUACUACAGCAAGUCAUUCAUCUUAUAAUAGAAUUGUCUGAUUAUGGCUUUGCUUACGCACCUGACCUGCUCAUUUCUUAA